AUGCUACCUGAAACUAAAAAUAUCGCACAAUUGUCAGAUACACAAAUAGGCGCCGUUCUUGAUGCUUUAUUUGAACCUUGUGCUGCACUGAAGAGCUAUCUCAUCCCAAAGAUAAGAACCCGCCCAUUUGCAAAUUACCCAAAAUUGAUAGAUUUUUGCAGAGCUUGUCUACAUACACUCAUUGAUGAAUAUGAAACCGAUUCUCAAGCUCAUAGUCAAGUUUGCAACAUUGUCUGUGCACACCCGAGAUUAGGAGUCCCCAAGAGAGAUAUAUCCUCAUUAUCUGUGCAUUCCCAGAACGAACAAAAAUCAUUAAAUUGCGGUGAUCCAAAUGGUGAAUUAGGUCAAAAACUAGCGAGAAUGAAUGAGUUAUACGAGGAGAAAUUCCCUGGUUUAAUAUUUGUCGUGUUUGUCAAUGGCCGAACCAGGGAGGAAAUUAUAGAGAUAAUGAAGGAGAGAAUUGCUUCAAGCAACUGGAAGGAUGAAGUCCGGCACGCAUUUGAUGCAAUGUGUGAUAUAGCACUCGACAGAGUUAAUAAACUAGAGGCCAAAUUAUGA